AUGUUGAGACCGGGAUUAGUUCACAUAUGCGGAUGCUGUCGCUGGCAUUGGCUCAGCCCGUUGACUACUCCCAAUCCCAAGUCGCAGGUGGAGUACAUUAGUGUGCAGCCCGGAGGGAAGCCAAGGAUUGUGCCCAUCACAAGGCCACCUCUGAUUGAUUUGACGCCACCGCCGCCGCCAGGGGAUACCAAGAGUUUCACCUACAACGCCGAGACGCAGACAUGGACGAAGAUCAAUCCCCAUGAGCCGCCGCCACAAGAGGGCACGCUCAUCUGGAAUCAGAGCAAUGACAAGUGGUUGACCAAUGUGCCGUCUUAAAAUAAAUACAAAUAUUUUAAUCAGUUAUACAGUAAAAGUAUAAAAGUAUAGUU